AUGGAUCAAUUGGAGAGCAUUAUUUCUAGAGUUGAUGAAACCAACGGCGAAGUUGAAAGCUGUGCCAUAACUAGUCCUUUAUGUAUUUUCCACACAAAAUCAGGCUGUAUACCACACUUGACAAAUGAAACGUUUUCAUAUCUUGACAAACAUUUAACUGAGGAUACAGUUAAGAUAUUUCAGGUCCCUAUGCCGGGUGUAAUUGAGUACGGACAAACUUUUGAAGCAACAUGCAGUGCUGCUGAAUUAUUCUGUCUACCCCCAAAAAGCUCUCUGUACUGCACAAUACAGGAUCCAACCAAUCUACCCAGUACAGGUUACAAUACAAAUAAAUCCGUGGCUGUAUGGAGCUCAAGCGGGCGAAAAAAUUUCACGCCAAAGUUGUAUAUGGAGUUUAUACAACGUAUGAAGCCAGAUGUGUAUCAAGCGUUAGCGGACGGCGAUGUGACUUCUUCAGAGUCCCGAAAAAGAGCAAUUAAGUCAGUGAACAGGACAAUACAGUUCCUGGAAGAAUGCAUGAAGAUGCACAAAGAGGCAACUGUGCUUAAAAAGUCAAAAAUUGUGUGUAUGGUUGAAGGUGGUGACUUCCUUGAAGAAAGAAAACGUUGCGUGAAGGAAAUUGUUCGUUUAGAGCAAGAAUACAAAGUUCCUGUUUUUGGUUAUGUGAUCGAUUCAUUGCCUACAGAAUCUGUGUUAAGUGCUGCGACCAUUGCGUUUGUCAAAUCAAUUGUGGAAGUUUUGCCUAAAGAUAAACCAGUGAUAGUCCAUGGUGUAGGAGACCCAUUGUCUGUCAUUCACCUCACAGAAAUAGGAGUAUCUAUUUUUGACACAUCCUAUAUCUCAAAAUUAUCUGACGCAAACAUUGCAUUAAUUUACAACAUUCCCAAACUCGACAAUGAUACAACUAUUUCAGUAAAUGACAAAAACAUUGAACAAGUCUGCGGCGAAAAACUGAACAUAACAAUGCAAAUGUCAUGUGAAAGCCAUGCUAGAUCAUUUGAACCCUUGAUGGAGAACUGCACAUGUUACACCUGCAAGAACCACACAAGAGCCUACAUGCAACAUCUAGUUAAACUAAAUGAAAUGCUGGCACCAGUUUUACUCAUGCUGCAUAAUUUGCAUCAUCAUUUAACAUUCUUUAAAGCUCUGCACAAUGCAAGUAACUCUAAAAAGGCUUUGUCUCUUUUUAAACAACAAUUUGUAAGGAUAAAUAGGUUAAUUAGCACCUAG